AUGCUACGAUAUCUUUCCAUUGUUGCCGCUACGGCGGUCCUGACUGGAGUGGAAGCUCAACAAUCAGUCUGGGGACAAUGUGGUGGCCAAGGCUAUACCGGUGCGACGUCCUGUGCUGCCGGUUCUACAUGCAGCACUCAAAAUCCUUACUACGCACAAUGCAUUCCUGCUACAGCUACUUCAACCACAUUGGUGAAAACCACUUCUUCUACGAGUGUUGGGACGACAUCGGCGCCGACAACAACCACCACGAAAGCUACCACCACGAAGGCUAGCACCACAGCUACUACAGCUGCUGCGUCCGGAAACCCCUUUUCUGGGUAUCAGCUUUAUGCAAAUCCGUACUACUCAUCAGAAGUACACACUCUUGCUAUCCCAUCUUUGACUGGCACACUUGCUGCUGCUGCCACAAAGGCUGCAGAGAUUCCCUCGUUUGUCUGGCUUGACACAGCAGCGAAAGUGCCUACAAUGGGCACCUACUUGGCCAACAUUGAAGCUGCAAACAAGGCUGGCGCCAGCCCUCCUAUUGCCGGUAUCUUCGUUGUCUAUGAUUUGCCUGACCGUGACUGUGCAGCUGCUGCAAGUAAUGGCGAAUAUACUGUUGCGAACAAUGGUGUUGCAAACUACAAGGCUUACAUCGAUAGCAUUGUGGCACAGUUGAAAGCCCAUCCUGAUGUGCACACAAUCCUUAUCAUCGAGCCCGACAGUCUAGCCAAUAUGGUCACCAACCUAUCCACAGCCAAAUGUACCGAAGCUCAACCAGCAUACUAUGAGUGUGUCAACUACGCAUUGAUUAACCUCAACCUGCCAAAUGUGGCCAUGUACAUUGAUGCUGGUCAUGCCGGUUGGCUUGGGUGGUCUGCCAAUCUUUCGCCAGCGGCUCAACUCUUCGCUACAGUCUACAAGAAUGCAAGUUCCCCUGCAGCUCUUCGUGGACUGGUCACCAACGUCGCCAAUUACAAUGCUUGGUCGAUCAGCAGCGCACCAUCAUACACGUCAGGCGAUUCCAACUAUGAUGAACAGCUUUACGUCAAUGCCCUUUCUCCUCUCCUAACAUCAAACGGUUGGCCGAAUGCCCACUUUAUCAUGGAUACUUCCCGAAACGGUGUUCAGCCUACCCAGCAGAAGGCAUGGGGAGACUGGUGCAAUUUGAUCGGAACUGGCUUUGGUGUGGCUCCUACCACCAAUACCGGUGACCCACUAGAGGAUGCCUUCGUCUGGGUCAAACCAGGUGGUGAGAGUGAUGGUACUUCAAACAGUUCCGCUACUCGUUACGAUUAUCAUUGUGGCAACAGCGAUUCACUUCAACCAGCCCCCGAGGCUGGCUCCUGGUUCCAAGCAUACUUUGUCCAGCUUUUGACCAAUGCCAAUCCACCUUUGGUCUAG